GCUAGCCAGUUCCCUCCAGCAGCAGGGAGCUUCAUUUUCUGCUUGGCUUUUGUGCUAAAAUGGAGGCUGGUUCCUUGCCUUAAGUGGAUUGCCUUCUCUCAGUCGAGUAUACAUGUUGACAUGCAAUAAAACAGGAAACAGGAUGGUCGUAGAUGCACCUAAUUCAAAUGGGCCUUUCCAGCCAGUGGCCCUAAUGCACUUCAGAGAUGUAUCUCCAGCCGAGCAGGAGAAGCUGUUCAUCCAGAAGCUGCGGCAGUGCUGUGUCCUUUUCGACUUUGUCUCUGACCCCUUAAGUGACCUGAAAUGGAAAGAGGUGAAGCGAGCAGCGCUGAGCGAAAUGGUGGAGUACAUCACUCACAACCGCAACGUCAUCACCGAGCCUAUCUACCCAGAGGUGGUCCACAUGUUUGCUGUGAAUAUGUUCAGGACGUUACCUCCCUCAUCCAACCCCACUGGAGCAGAGUUCGACCCAGAAGAGGAUGAGCCCACACUAGAAGCAGCUUGGCCGCAUCUACAGCUUGUCUACGAAUUCUUCCUAAGAUUUUUAGAAUCACCAGACUUUCAGCCAAAUGUUUCAAAGAAAUACAUUGAUCAGAAAUUUGUGUUGCAGCUUCUGGAGCUGUUUGACAGUGAAGACCCUCGCGAGAGAGACUUCUUGAAGACCACUCUGCAUCGCAUAUACGGGAAAUUCCUGGGACUGAGGGCGUACAUUCGGAAGCAAAUUAAUAACAUAUUUUAUAGGUUCAUUUACGAAACAGAGCACCACAAUGGAAUCGCUGAACUAUUGGAGAUUCUCGGAAGUAUAAUCAAUGGUUUUGCCUUACCGUUAAAAGAAGAGCACAAGAUUUUCCUGCUGAAGGUUUUAUUGCCUUUACACAAAGUCAAGUCACUGAGUGUUUACCACCCACAGUUGGCGUAUUGCGUGGUGCAGUUCUUGGAGAAGGACAGCACACUCACUGAACCAGUCGUGAUGGCCCUUCUGAAGUACUGGCCAAAGACUCACAGCCCAAAGGAGGUGAUGUUCCUCAAUGAGCUUGAGGAGAUUCUGGAUGUGAUCGAACCAUCCGAAUUUGUUAAAGUGAUGGAACCUCUGUUUCGACAGUUAGCCAAGUGUGUGUCCAGCCCACAUUUCCAGGUGGCAGAAAGAGCUCUUUACUACUGGAACAAUGAGUAUAUAAUGAGCCUCAUCAGUGACAAUGCUGCCAAAAUCUUGCCUAUAAUGUUCCCAGCAUUGUACCGCAACUCAAAGACACACUGGAACAAGACCAUCCAUGGCUUGAUUUACAAUGCGCUGAAACUUUUCAUGGAGAUGAACCAGAAGCUCUUUGAUGACUGCACACAGCAAUUCAGAGCUGAAAAAAAUAAAGAGAGAGCAAAGUUAAAAGAACGGGAAGAGGCCUGGAUUAAGAUUGAGAACCUUGCCAAAUCAAACCCACAGUUCCUUAUGUAUGUUGAUUCCUCUGGCCUAAAUAGCCCUGUAGAAAUGGAGACUGAUGGGCCUUUGAUAGAAGAUAUUCAGAUGUUAAAAAAGACUGUAGAGGAGGGAGCCAUUCAGUUGCAGAGGGAUCAGCGGAAGGACCGGCCACUGGUGAGACGCAAGUCUGACCUGCCUCAGGACAUGUACACCACGAAAGCCUUGGAGUCGCACCGUCGAGCCGAAGACAUGAUCACCAACCAUGACAGCCACUAGCUUUGUUUCUCUUCUCCUGCAUCCUCUUCAUUCUUUUCUAAACACAGCUCAUUCAAUAAACCAAGAGCGCCGAGGCAUACUGCCAUACACAGCACUCUCCCCCUGACUAAAAGUUUGAAUUGCUCAGGUUUUUGUUUAAGCUAUGGGGCCAGCAUUAAGGUUUUCUUCCUCUCCCUCUCAAUGCUUUUCUUUUUCCCAUACUCUGCGUGUUGGUCCACUCCAUCCUGUCUGCGCUCUUUAGAUCUUGGAUCCUGGUGCUCCUGGCAGGAGGUGAGGGCUGGCCGAGAAACCAUGCGUGAAGGUGCCACCAUAGUCUUGCUUGAUCUUUUUUUAUUUUGUUUUUGUUUUUGUCAAAGGGAACAAAGUAUGUCCAGAGACUGUUUGCAAGGAGAGUAGUAUGUCAUCAUCUUUUCCAUCCAUUGCUUCAUCUUCUGUUCUUCUUGGAAACCCAGGGACAGUUGCCAGUGCUAAGACCAACAUAAUGAAGACCUUUUCUGUUAUCAUUUCUUAUUGUUUUCAACCUUUUCUUAUCGUGUAAGUACAUUUUUGUGCCAUAAGAUACUCUUAACAUUUAGUUACCAUAUGUGUCUUGUUUUAUAACUGACUUCUCAUGGCAAUAUUAACCACACUGAGGGGUAUAUUGAUGGUUCAAACAAUGGUACCAUUUUUUACUUUUCAGAUAGCAGAGCCUUUGUGAGACCUUUACAGCAGAUCAAUUAAAAACAAGAGUAAUCUAGGCCAAUGGGUGAAAAUAGGCUAUUAUCUAAAUCCAUAUUACUCAUAUGGUUUAGAUCAGUCAGAACCUUUUAAUUCAGAGUAAGCCUCCAAUCCAGCAGGUAUUUUGCUUGCUUCCAUGGUGUUGGCUGUACACCAAUGCUGCUUUUUGCUGAACAUUCCUCAAGUUACUGCACCUUAAUCUCAAAGAGCACAUCCCAGUAUGCUAAUACUUGUUACUGCUAAACUGGCAGUGCUGUACACAAACUGUCAGAGGAGGUGGGAUCACCAAGAAGAACAGAGAAAACAUGGUUGUGAGCUAACCUGGGCCCAAAAGUGUGGUAACAUUAUUAUAGUGACUGUACAAGAGUGAAUUCAGAUUGAUAUUCUCUCUUAUCUUAAGAUGAUCUGUGUGUGGGAAGGUGAAACCUGAAAGGAUCUAUUUACAUUGUCCCUGAGGCUCAGCCUUCUAAAGGCCGGGGGUAGAAACAGUACAGAGAAAUUAUACUUAAGUGAAAGUAUGAGUAUUUUUGUCAUAAUCUUACUAUGUUGCAGUAUGGAGCCAAAAAUAUACUUGAAUGAAAGCAGGGGCGAACAAAGUACAGUACUUCUGCACUUAAGUAGAUUACUAAAGUGCUACUUGAGUAAAAGCACAAGUAUCCUAUCUAUAUUUCUACUUAUGUAAAAGUACGAAAGUUCUAAUUUGUGAAUGUACUGAAGUUUUAAAGGUGAAAGUACACUGAAUUAUAAUAUAAUUUUGAUGAAUGAGAUCUUUUAAGGAGACCUGCUUACAUUAGUACAAUUUUGCACAUAUUAACAGAACCUGUUCAUUAAAAGGAUCUUAUAACUGAAAGUACUUAUAAUUUUGACACUUAAGUACAUUCACAAACAAGCUUUUGUACUUUUACUCAAAUAGAUAGAAUUCUUGUACUCCUUUACUCAAGUACAGAAGUAGUAUACUUCAUCCGGGAAAAAAAUUACAGACAUUUAAACAUGUUCAAGCAUGUGAAAGUAAAAGGCAUGUAAUGCGGUGGUGUGAGGUAUGGCAACUAAUCAGCAGUGCUGGUCCUCACACAAAGACAAAUUAGCAUUAGUAUAACAGUUAUGGGCAGAUUCAUUUUAAACUGAUAUGAAUUCGGUUGAAUGUUUUAACAGAUAACAGUAAAUUUUAAUGUGCAGGAACUUGGCUAAUUGGCAGAGAAAAAGAAAAGUCUCAUGGUCUUAGAUAUGUCAUGAGUACUUUGAAAGGGGUAAGGAGCAAGUAAGUUUUUUUGCUAACACUUUACAAAAAGACUCUUAUUAAAGGUUUAUGAGAAUGAGCUUAUUAAUGGUUAUGUAUUAUCAGAGUAACCCCAUAAAAUCAUAAAUAAACAGUUUAAUAAGAAGAGAUUAAUAAGAAGGGCAACAGUGACCUGUUAUAUCUGCCAGGUUUAAAAAGACUGAUGAAGAAGUAAGGUAAGUAACCAGCAAGAUCUGAGGUUUAAUAGUAUAGUUGAAUAUGGGCUCACUAUUUAUCAAGCAACACUGUUGCCCUUUUUAAUUUAUGUGUUAUAACUGCUUGUUAAAUAACCAUUAAUGAACUCAUGUUAAACUGUUUCUAAAUGCUUUAUAAGAGUAGUCUGAUUGUAACGUGGUAGCAUUUUUUUCUCUUGGAAAUGUAGUUGAGUAAGAGUGCACAUUCAAUUUUAAACAUACUCAAAUACAAACCUUUCCAAAUUAGACACAAGUACAGUUGUUAAAAAAACAGUUGCCCUUCCUGAAGGACAUGGAGAAGGAAGUGUCAAAAUGCCAACAAUGACAGCUUUUGCUAGUAUACCAUCGUUUGUUACAUCACUUCUUAAAACUGUAGAUUUCUCUUUAGUCUAUUAUUUUGCUGUCCACAACAACGAGGACUGUUAUUUCCAUCAAGGAGUUGAAAACACAUGCUUGUCCGCCCCUUUUUCUGAGACAUCUGAGUGCCUUCAUGAUGGGUGCGUAGGAGAUGUAUGAUUUCUAGAUGUGAAGAGAGGGAGUGAUAACUGCAAGGGAAUGACUGCUGUCUUGUAAGAGGUUCUAAACGUGGUUUACUUGGAUGAGCGCAUACAUUCUACUGCAUUUGUUAACAUACAUAGGCACAUUCAUGGAGAAACAUACCAGUGUGAGGUCGACACAUUGAUUGUUCCUUUCAUUCUCUUUUAGAGGCUAAUGAAUUCCUGUUGUUUUGUAAAGUUGAUUCAACUACCUAGAAGCACUUCCUGGAAACUUGAAAACCGUUCACUUAUUUGUGUGUGUGGGUGAGUGCGUGCAUGCAUGCAUAUGUGUAUAUAGCUAGUUAAGUGAUGUGUGUAAUGUUGCACGCUUAAAAAUAUAGUCUUUACAUUUUCUUAUGUAGAGGUGUCUUUCUGUACCAUUGUUUGAACUCACAUUACAUUUUUCCCCCUUUUGUCAACAAUUAUAUCAAUAAAUGUUUGAGUACUGUAGAUAUAAAAUAAAAUUAAAUUAAAUUAAAAAACAUGCCCUCAAACAUAACAGACAGACACACACCAACAUGCAGCCUUCUGCUGAGCAUUAAAGAUGUCAGUUCAUGUUUUGAUUUUGUUACUCUUGUGCUUUAUUGUGUGUUGAUGUUGAGAAGCAAAUAGACUUUAUGUAUAAAAAAGAACAGAAUAAUAUUUCAGUUUUAUUUAUCUCUACUACUCUACCUUCUAUUUACUGUACUAUUACAAAUAACUUAGCUUAAGCUUCCCAAAAUAUUAUUUUAACAUGGUAAGUGUCCUUUCAUAUAUGACCUGUACUAUAUGACUUCACUUAAUAUUGUACAUAUAUUUUCCUUUCUUUUAUUUUUCUGUAGUAUUAUAUAGCUAGAUUUAUUUGUAAAAACAAAAGAAAAGUAGUCCUAUGUACAGAAAUGAAAAAAAAGAAAAAAGACUGCAGAACACUGGAAUGUGGCACAAACUUUGUUCUCCAUUUCAGAGUGUCAGCAUCAGGAAAGUCAUGAUAUUUUCUAUCAGUUUGUACCUUCAAAAAGUUUGUUGAACCAUUCUGAAACCUGCGACAAACGUUUAUUCGAUUGCCAUUAAUUGUGAGACUUUACCCAACUUCAGUGGUGUAUAUCUAUAUAGAAUGAAUAAAGAGUCUAUGUGGAUUUAUAUUUUAUCUGA